AUGAAUAUUAAACAUGAACUUUUAAUAAACAAAAAAUAUCGUCUUGAAGGAAAGAUUGGUUCAGGAACUUUUGGUGAAAUAUAUCAGGGAACUCAAUUAUUAACUAGUGAAAAAGUAGCUAUUAAGCUUGAAUUAAGAACUACAAAACAUCCUCAAUUACAUAUUGAAGCAAAAUUAUACCAAAAAUUACAAGAUGGUGUUGGUUUUCCUAAAAUUUAUUGGAUGGGAGUUGAAUGUGAUUAUAAUGUUAUGGUUAUGGAAUUAUUGGGACCUUCAUUAGAGGAUUUAUUUAAUUUUUGUAGUAGACAAUUUUCUUUAAAAACUAUUAUUUUAUUAGCAGAUCAGAUGCUGGAUAGGUUACAGUAUCUUCAUGAAGCUAAUUAUAUUCAUAGAGAUUUAAAACCUGAUAAUUUUUUAAUUGGUCUCAAUGAAAAAAAAAAUCUUUUACAUAUCAUUGAUUUUGGUUUAGCAAAAAGAUAUCGUUGUUCAGAAACAUUUACUCAUAUAAGUUAUAAAGAAAAUAAACAUUUAACAGGAACAGCAAGAUAUGCCUCUUUAAACACUCAUCGUGGAAUUGAGCAAAGUCGUCGUGAUGACAUUGAAGCUCUUGGUUACGUUCUAAUAUACUUUAUGCGUGGAUCUCUUCCUUGGCAAGGAAUAGCAGCUUCUACAAAAAAUCAAAAAUAUGAAAAAAUUUUUAAUGCCAAAUGUAAUUAUACAUUAAAAGAUCUUUGUAAUCAUAAUCAAAUAUUCAUAAAAUAUAUGGAGUAUGCACGAAGUAUGAAAUUUGAAGAAACACCAGACUACUACUAUCUUCGUUCUCUUUUUAGAGAAGAGUAUAGAAAAAGAAAUUAUCCUUGUACAAAUUAUGAUUGGUCACUAAUAGUAAAACAUAAUACUGAGAAAAGAGGUGAUGAUUUAAUAGCUGAAUCAUCGAAGUAUCUAAAAAAAUCUGACUCUACUGUAAAUACCAAUAUUUUUAUUGAUUUCUAG